CGCAGGCGUCUUCGCUGGAAGUCGUGGGUGAGCAGGGGGUCCCCCUCCAAGCCCCGCUGGGACAGGAACCCCACCACCGACCGCAUGCUGCCCCCCCGGCUGCCUCUCCUCCUCAUGCUGCCGCCUGCGCCGCUCCCCGCCGCUCCUUCCCCCGCCGCCCCUUCCCCCGCCGCCGCCUCCCCUCCCCCGCUUCCCCCCUUGUUAUGGUUAUGAUGAUUUUUCUUUAGCCAGCCAUGGCAGAGAGGUGUUAGACACUCCGCCGCUUCCUGAUCCCGCUGGCUCCUCCCCGCUUCCCUCAGCAGCUGAUCCUCAGCUGCAGCCCGCGCCUCCCGGCCCGGCUCUAGCGUGGCGCCGCCGCCGGUUAACUCGCUGCUGGAGCGGCGCGGGGGACAGACACCCUCGCCCCUGCGGGGGUACGGUAACGUUCGCCACUCCGGGGACGGACGGACACGUUCGCCACUCCAAGGACCUCCUGGGGCAAGGACACAUUCGCCGCUGCGGGAACUUCCAGGGGGCCGAACACACUCGCCGCUCCGGGGACCUUUUUGGGGAAGGACCUGUUCGCCACUCGGAGGAGCUGCGGGGGAACGGGACCCUGUACUUCUCAGGUAACAUCUGAUACCAUGUCAGGCAACAGGAGUGUCAUUCAAAGGGUGAUGUCCCUAAGGUGCUGCACAGACCCCCAGUCCCACCUUGCAGCUGACUGCAUGCUGCCUGUGCACAAAACGAGCAGCUUGGAACUUUCAGGAACAUUCUGCAGCUUGCAAUGGAAUUGAUGUACUGACAGGAGUUAGUCAAACAGAUCAAACUUCAUCAAGUUGCUGUUCUGGGGGACAUGUUAGCAUGGGGGUGCUGUACUGAGACUGGUUGUCACAGACCAAAUUGGAUUGAGCCUGGCCAGACUCAAAGGGCACAGGAAGCCAGAGUCUGUCUGCACACACUGCUUGAGCUGCUUAAUUCUGUAGCAUGUUCAUAGUCUCCUCCAUAUCUCAAAAACAGCAUGAAAUCAAGCACAACAAAUGUUUUGCCUGGAAUUUCAACAAGUAGGCAACAGAGUGGAGGAGUCAACUGGAAAGGAAAUGGGAGAUAAUGAACAGGAGGGUGACUUGUAGAUGCCCUUGGAAAUGAAGGUAAGUAAAUAAUGUUUGAUGCAAUACAGAAGAGGGAACUAGGAGAAUCCUUAAAAUAGAAAAGUGAUGUGGUUAAUGAUCUAUGUAAAAAAUCUUGGGUUGCAGUUUCGGAGUUGUUAAUUCCAAGGUUGUGCAGAGCUCAGUCUCUCAGAAGUACUAAAUUGAUCUGUAUGAGCUAUGGCCAUGGUGUCACAUUACACUCACAUUAGCUUCUGUCCAUGCUACAGAUUUUUUGUUCUGCCUCUGGAAGGACUGACAAUAACUGAUUGGUGUUUACUGUCUACUGGUACAAAGUUAUCCCUUCAACAUUUUUCUGAACAAAUUUGAAUUAGGAGAAUCAGUUAAAUUGCAUUAGUUAUUUCUAUUUGAUGGCUGGGGUGUAUUUGAUCAUUAAUAGGAGGCCUACGGUCAGCUUUGCUCUGUUGUCAGCCUGUGGCAUUUCCACUGGUCAAUGGCUGUUGUGUUAGGAGCUGUGUUGGUUAAUACUGAAGGGAGAGGUAUUAGGGCAGUCUUUGUAUAUCAAUAAGAGAACAAGGAUCUUAGCUGCAAGGAUGUUUUGGAGGGCUGUUUUGGAGCUGCCAAAGUGGUAUAUACCCUGGGUUCUAGGAUCUACAAAGACAUUUCAGUCAGACCUGACAGUUGACAAAUAAGCUUGAGUGGCAGGUAAACUGGUGAUGCUAUCCACGGACACUCACAAAGAAGAUAAUAAGAGGGCUUUCAGGGAAUAGUUCUAGCUCUGCUGAGCUCUAAUUUCCUGCUAGUCAUUCACAGAAGAGAGAAGACUCUGAGUUUGGAUAGGGGGAGGUAUCUCAUCUGAAAUACAAAUAAAUUAAUAUCUCUCUGCAGAUGAUUUAUGGAUCUGCUCCUUUCCCCAGAGCUAACUCAGAGAUAAUGUAGGAGGGUAACAGAAGACCAAGGAUUUAAGUGAAGCAUGAUUGAUUGUGUCAGGCGAGAAAGGAUGAUAUUUAAAUACUCUUUUUGACGUUCUGUUGAACCUUUGAUUUGCUUUGGUUAAUCCAGAGUGGAAACUGAGAAGUUUGGACACUGAUAGUUGGAUGUCUAUGGAGUGAGUCAGAGAGAAUGAAUGCAUGACUAGGAAAGUGAAGCUGAGUCAAGGCUUUUAUUCAUUUGUUUAUUUAUACCAAUGUUUUUUAUUUUUGAGGGGCAAUAGAAAGGAAGGGUAAACCAAGAAGACUACAUCAUAUUUUAGCCACAUCAUUUGUUUUUUCAAUAAUUUUGCUUGUGUAAUUUAUUCCCUCUAGUAAGAAUUUGGUGGCUUCUGGGCUUUUCUCCCUUUGCUUACUUUAAUACACCAGAAAGGCCAUGAUGAAAUCCCACGAUGCUGUUUUGAGAGGAUGAGGUGAAGAGGAGAAAGGGCAAUAAAAAAUGGCCAAGCAAACAGCCGUGACGAUUACUUUGGCGACCCUGCUGGGUGUUGCACUGGGGGGCCUGGUUUUGUGGAAAGCGACCCAGCGUCGGAAAGGAAAAACACGCUGUAGUAGUCAGCAAGAGGAAGCAGCAGGAAAGUCAGGAGAUGAGAAACUCAUUAAAGCAGAGGAUAAGAAGGUGCUUUCCUUCUUCAGAUCUCCCACCUUUUGCUGGAUAGAGAGGACCCUAGGUGCAGACAUAGUGAUAGUUUCAGAGCAGGAGGAGUGGGAUCAUGCUGAACCAUUGCUGAAGAAGGAGCUGGAGAAGUGGCCGGUUCUUGGAAUUGAUUGUGAAUGGGUAUCUGUGGAGGGAAAAGCAAAUCCUGUAUCCCUGUUGCAGAUGGCUUCUUCCAGUGGCCUCUGCAUUCUUCUUCGGUUGCCCAGGCUUGUUGCUGGUGGCCAGACUCUUCCAAAGACCCUGGUGGACAUCAUGGCAGAUAGUGCUGUGUUGAAAGUUGGGGUAGGAUGCUGGGAAGAUGCUUGCAAAUUGCUUCAUGAUUAUGGUCUUCCAGUCAAAGGGAGCAUGGAUCUCCGGUAUUUAGCCAUGAGACAGCGGAAGGAUCUACUUCACAACUGCCUUAGCCUUAAGUCUUUAGCUGAAAAAGUCCUGAACUUCCCACUUGACAAAUCUCCUCAUGUGCGUUGCAGCAACUGGGAAGCAGAAGAACUGACACAAGAUCAGGUUCUCUAUGCUGCUAGGGAUGCCCAGGUCUCAGUGGCUCUGUUCUUCCGUUUGCUGGGAUUUACCAGCUUCCCUGCUACAUCUGAAGGUGAAAACUCUGUCACUGCUUGGGAGAAAGCCCGGGGUAAAUGCCAGGGCUUGGUGGAUAUCCCAUUUAGAGGAAGAAAGAGUGGCAGCACAGGAGAGGAGAAGAGUGGAGAGGGACGUUCCCCUCAGAAAACAAAGAAUCGGAAGUCUUGGGUGAACGGCCAACCCUCUGGCAAUCAGCAAAUGAGAGAUCCACGGAGGCAGAAGCGAAAGCCUCUGGGUGUGGGAUAUUCUGCAAGAAAAUCUCCACUGUAUGACAACUGCUUCCUGCAUGCACCAGAUGGACAGCCCCUGUGCACUUGUGAUCGCAAGAAGGCUCAGUGGUAUUUGGACAAGGGGAUUGGAGAGCUAGUUAGCACAGACCCUUUUGUUGUGAAGCUGCGUUUUGAGCCUUCAGGACGUCCUGAGUCCCAGGUUGAUUAUUAUCUGACAGUCAAAGAAAACCUCUGUGUUGUGUGUGGCAAGCGAGAAUCCUAUAUCCGGAAGAAUGUUGUUCCUCAUGAAUACCGAAGACACUUCCCCAUCCAGAUGAAAGACCACAACUCACACGAUGUGCUCCUCCUCUGCACAUCCUGCCAUGCCAUCUCCAAUUACUAUGACAACCACCUGAAGCAGCAGCUGGCCCAGGAGUUUGGGGCUCCCAUUGGCUCCGAGGAGGGCGUGCGUCUCCUGGAGGACCCUCUGCGCAGGCAAGUGCGCUCGGGGGCGCGCGCCCUGCUGAAUGCAGACAGCCUGCCUGACCCCCGCAGGGCAGAGCUGCUGCAAGGCAUCAAGGACUUCUAUAACACAGACACAGUCACUCCAGAGAUGCUCCAGGCAGCAGCUGAUCUGGAAACCAGGAUCUGCAAUGAGAGCUACGUGCCACAUGGACUGAAGGUGGUGCAGUGUUGUGCUAAAGGAGGCCUGCGCUCUCUCAUGCAGCUGGAAAGACGCUGGCGGCAGCAUUUCUUGGACAGCAUGAAGCCCAAACACCUCCCAGAGCAAUGGUCGGUGGACCAUAACCAUGUGAAGUUGAUCCAAAAGUAUGGGGAGGAUCUUCAGAUCAAGCUGUCAUGAAACUAACUUCCUGGACUCUGGAUAGUGUCUAAUGGACAUAUGUAACUGAAGAUGGAAAGACUAUUUUUAUUUCUACGUCUCCACUAACACCUGGGGCCUGGGUUUGCAAAAAGGCAGCAGUAGAUCUGCCAGAUUUGCCAGUUAAAAUUAAAUUUGGUGGUUUGUAGAGUUAAAUCUUUGAACUUUCAGGUAGUUUGGAAGUUUAAUCCUACUCUGUCACUUACUAGUUCAGGGCAAGAGUGAUAUAGUAAGGGAACUUGUCUUCUCAAAGUGACUAUAAAGAAUCAUUUUCUUGCUCCCAGAAUGUCUGAUGCCUCCAGACCAUUUCUCAUAUAAAGUGAGUUCCGAGAAAGGCAACAAAAGUACAAUAGAUGAAUGUUUCUAGAUUUUUCUGACAUACAUUUGUGCCCUUAGCUUUACCUUGAGGCCAGCAGGAGCAGGGAGAUCAUCCUUCCUCUGUAGUCAGCACUGGUGAGGCACCUUGAGUGUUGUGUCCAGUUCUGGGCCCCUCAGUUUGGGAAGGACAUUGAGAUGCUUGAGCACAUCCAGGGGAGGGCAGUGAGGCUGGUGAGAGGCUUGGAACACAAGCCCUGUGAGGAACAACUGAGAGAGCUGGGGGUGUUUAGCCUGGAGAAAAGGAGGCUCAGAGGUGACCUUAUCACUCUUUACAGCUCCCUGAAAGGUGGUUGUAGUCUGGGGGAGGUUGGUCUCUUUCACCGGGCAGCAACUGACAGAACCAGAGGUCACAGUCCUAAGCUGCGCCAAGGGAAAUGUAGGUUGGAUAUUAGGAAAAGGUUUUUUACAUAAAGGGUGAUAAAGUAUUGAAAUACUUUACCUGGGGUGGUGGUGGAGUCACCAUCCCUGGAUAUGUUUAAAAAAAGACUGCAUGUGGCACUCAGUGCCAUGGUCUAGUUGAGGUGUUAGGGCUGGGUUGGACUUGAUGAUCUUGAAGGUCUCUUCCAGCCUAGUGAUUUGGUGAGGGUCUUCUCAAUAAAAAUCUUUCUUUGCUUUCAGUGCAGUUGUAUUCAUAAGAGUUCUUUCUAGAGAAGACUCCUUGCCAGAGAGAGAUUCCUUGUAGGGAAGAAGUAAAGAAGCCUUUUUUUUUUUGGAUUCUGAGCUGUCCCAGCAUUACAGAUAGGCCUCAGCAAGUUUCCAGAUGGCAGGUGCCUGAUGAGAAGUGACACUGGCAGUAUGGAAAUACCGAUGACAAGUCUUUUGUUAAACAGCUUCCAGUAACACAGAGUUUAUAAAAAAUGUUUUUCCUAAUUCUGCUUGUUUGUUGUGAGCAGUGUGCUCAGGCAUGCAGGGCUGUUACAGAGACAGGGUGGCAUAACUCCUAUGGCUGGAGUGUUGGAAUGGAAGGAUGGAGGCCCUUUAGGGAGAGCAGGCACUGGAGGCAAGGAGGAGCUGUCACUUCUAUGUCAGUGAUUGGUUGGAGAGCACGGAGCGCCAUCCCGAGUGCAUGGAGCUCAGCCUAGGGAUGGAUGAGGAGCACAUCAAGAGCUUAUGGGUCAGGAUUAAAGGGAGGGCAGGGACAGGUGACAGAGGGGAUCUGCUACACGCAACCCAGCCAGGAAGACAGUAGAUGAAACCCUCAGCCUUCUGUUCACAAGGCCUAGUCUUCAUGGGGGACUUCAGCCACCUCAUAUCUGUUGAAGAGGCAACACAGCAGGGCAUAAGCAAUUCAGGAGGUUCCUGGAAUGAGUUGAUUACUUUUCCAGAAAGCCAACUGCAUCAUGGGCUGCGUCAAAAGAGGCAUGACCAGCAGGUCAAGGGAGGUGAUUCUUCCCCUCUAUUCUGCUCUUAUGAGACCACCUGGAGUACUGUGUCCAGCUCUGUGGCCCCCAGCAUAAUAGAGCAAGUCCAGAGGAGGACUACAAAGAUUAUCAGAUGGCUGGAGCACCUCUCCUGACUUUUUACAAGAGUGUGUAGUGAUAGAACAAGGGUUAAUGGCUUUAAACUGGAAGAGGCUAGGUUUAAAUUAGAUAUUGGGAAGAAAUUCCUUACUGUGAGGGUGGUGAGGCACUGGAACAGCUUGCCAGAGAAACUGUGAAUGCCUCAUCCCUGGAAGUGUUCAAAGCCAGGUUGGAUGGAGCUAUGAGCAACCUGGUCUAGUGGAAGGUGUCCCAGUCCAUGGCAGGGAUGUUGGAACUGGAUGUUCUUUAGAGUCCCUUCCAACCCAAACCAUUCAGUGAUUCUUUGAAUACCACUUGGUGAGUACCUUUUCAUAUCAGACUGAAAUAAGUACAGGUGUCUUAAAAGAGAUGAGAGGAAACCAUUUAAAUUAAAGACCAGAAGCUUUUAAGAGAUCUGACUACACAUGGCAAAAAAUGGAAAAUCUGAUGUUCUGUACCUGGAUUUGACAUGUGUGGUGGUGAGCAGGUUAUACUCUCUUCAUGCCUGUUUGUCUGUCUCUAAAAUGGGACUAAUAAUACUUAACUAUCUCACAAGGGUGUUGUGAGGCUUAAUUAAUUCAUGUUUUUGUAAAAUGCUUUGAAAAUAUAAGCUAGUGUGUGCUAAUUAUUGUUUUUUAAGAUGUGCUGCUGUCUAACUUCCUUAAAUAUUCACUUUUUUUGUCUGGUGCUAGACCUUAGUUAAAGAUAACUUUUUAAAAAUACACACUCCUUUCUGUACAAUCCCUUUUGAUGAUUUUGAUUGCAUGAGAUGAGUGUGCUUCUACUGAAUGAUGAAGCUAUGCUCAAUUUUUAUAUGCAUCUGCAAAGAAGUUUCAGUAAAACCCUUAUCUUCACACUGCUGUGUAUAGUGCAGUUGACCCAAAUUUUUUCAUAACAUUUGGGCAGAAUCCUGGACCUGCUGUGAUUGUGGCUGAAACUGGCCCUUAUCAGAUAAUUCAAGAAAUUUCACAGGCCAGGGGUAAAAACCCUGUUUGUAGCAGAGGCUGUUUGAGAUAAGUAGGAGCCAUGGAGAGAAAUGGUACAUUAAUGCCAUCCCAGAGGAGCUGCAAUAGCAGCAUGAGGAAUCAAAGAUUCAUGAUAAAUACUAUUUAUCACAGAGCUACAAAUGAGAUAAUUUUCAUUAUAAGGGCAAUUUUUUCCCCUGUACCACUGGCAAGUCUUAACAAAAAAAUCAUCUAGCCAAAUGUGGUAUGUCUCUGUGCUCAUUCACACAGCUGAUUAUAAUCCCAGCAUGACCUUCCUGCCUACAGCAGCAGUUUGGAUAUAACUUCUUCUCUCCAAAGCAUUUUGAGCAUGUGUUCAGAUAGUGCUAUAUCCUGUCUCCAUCUGAUCAGGGUGUUGAGAGCUCUCUGCGUGACUCAGAAACUCCUUUUCUGUCAUCAGGAGUGCAAGGUGUCCAUUUCACCUCUUUGUUCUGCUUUUUUUUUUUCUCCAUUUGUUCUGAUAUAGGAACUCCUGAUCAAACUCUUUAAUGGAACCGAUUGGCUGACCACAGGGUCAGGUCUUUUCUGUUUGUGAGACAAGAAAGUAAUGUGGAGACAAGAACUGGACUGCAGAUCCUCUAUUUUUGAGGAGCCAUUGAAGAGGGUUUUUUCCAAAUCAUUUGUUCAGAAACAGAAACUAGCGAGGAGAACUUCCUUCACAAAUAUUUUCUAAACUAAGAUUCUUUGUUGUUUGUAAGAUAUCCUUAACUUGCAUAAUUUUAAUUCAAUCUGAAAGAAGAGGGGAAGCAAUAUAUUUAUUAUGCAGAAAUAGACUGGCUUUAUUUUAUUAUGAUUUUAAAUUUUCUACUAGUCUAUAGAUAAAACUUUGUAUGUCUCCAUUGCUAAUUGUUACAUUCUAUAAAAAUUUACUCUUUUACCAGACUUAUCACUUUUGAA